UUUGUCAAAUGAGCAUAAGCAUUUAUGGUUUUGCAGAUGGCAAGACUACAAUAAGUCACAAAAGCAUAACUUUAACUAAAAUUGUUGGAUGUUAUAUCACCAAGUCCUCAAAUCAAUCAAAGUAGAGGAAGAAUAAAUCAUAUUUUUUGUCUAGUUAUUGUUACAUCUGGGGAAGGAGAUAAGAUGUGAAUCAUGCAUAAACUCUUUAAGUUGGAGAAUACUUUUAGGCUAUUAGCUCGAUCUUAAUUCACACACAAGUUCUGUUACGGAUUUGGUUGAGCUGGACCAUAAUAAGAAUAAACCAAGUAUUCUUAAGGUAUAUUCUAGAAGGCCCAAAAAGGCAGAAAAGGAAAGUGGCUAAUCAUUAGUUAGGGGAGAGAGUGCCUGCCUCUAUUUAAGGGAGGAGGUCAAACGUAUUGGGGUAGAAAAUGUUUUCCUAGUUUUUGUAUUGGCUCUUGCUUUAGCGCGUAGAGAGAGGGAGGAUUCCCUGGUUCAUUUCCAUUAUUGUAUUUCUUUUCAAUUUCCAUUUCAAUCAUAGAUAUCCACUUUCCUCCAUUAUCCUUCUUAAUUUGAUGAUCAAUUUGUGAUUUCCAUCAUUGGUCCGACCUACCUUGACCUGCUGUGUGGAAUCCAUGGAAACUCGAUCUCAAAUGAACCGUUUGAAGCAACAUGAAGAACAUAUUCAAAGGUUGCAAUCGGAUAUUCAAGAAAUAAAAGUGGGAAUGCAAGCGUGGGAAUCAGAGCGAGCGGAGGAAGCUGAAUUUCGUAAGAUGCUUAUGGCAUCGGUGAAACAACAGGGUGUUCAACCCAACCUCGAAAGUGGAGGACCGUCUGGGGCCUCCAAUGGAUCCUCAAUUCCACAUAAUUCUCAGGGAAUGUCACCACCACUGCAAGGAGACAGCUCCCUCAGUUCUGGUCCACGAUGGGGUUCUUCCGAUAUGUUACCAUGGGCGGCAAAGAAGGUAAAAUUGCCCGAAUUCUAUGGGUUCGAUCCUCAAGGAUGGAUUCAGAAGGCUGAAUUAUACUUUGACAUUCAUGAUUUACGAGUCCCUUACGUGGGAACAAUUGUCCGCCGAACUUCUCCAACGAUUUUCGGGAUUAGAGAUUCAUAAUCCUUUCGAACAAUUGGCGACGAUGAAGCAGGUAUCUUCUAUUCACGAUUAUAUAGACGAUUUUGAAUAUUUGUUGUCCUUGGUACUGCGAUUACCCGAGACACAGACCCUCGGGUACUUCAUUGCGGGUUUAAGAGAUGACGUGAAACGAUGGGUACGUCUCCAUCGACCUCAAUCUCGUCUCGAUGUCAUGUAUCUUGCUAAAGAUAUCGAAGAGAUGCUUCGCCCUUC